CGAAAUAUUACCAAAACUAAAGAAUCAUAUGCGGAAAUUCUGGAUUGCAAAACAUCAAGAAGAGGUUUCUGCUUCCGAGAAAAACAGAUUGCUAAUGAAAAAUACUGAGGAACUUUGGGGAUUUCUGGAAUUAGCCAUUGGUACAGAAAAUGACGUUCAAAUUCGGAGGAACGUUCUUGAAUUGUUCAUGGAAGUGAAAAACGCUUCACAGGUUGCUAGGAAUUAUUUGUCUGGGAGUAUAAAUGAAGGAUUCAUAUUUCCCUGGAGUGAUGUUGAUGUCAUGACUGCCUGUUUGGCUUGGGAUGUUGUCAUACAAGGGAAAGGGUACACAAGCACACACUCUUUAUUUCAAGCUUCUGAUGUGGACUGUCAUCCAGGGUUUUGCAAACUGCUACGGAAUCCAUACUAUUGUUCAUAUAGUACAGAUAUAAAUGUUGGUGCGUAUUUUUCUAGAGUCACAUUUUUAUGUAAGCAAGUGAAAUUGUCUGUACGUAGAUACGUUGUAAUGGAUACAAGAAUUAAUGGACCAUGCCAUACAAUGGAUUCUCCCGGAUUCGACUCGUGUCAUGCUCUUCCGAUCCAUACUAUUUCUUCGAAUGAAUUUUUGAAACGCUUUUCGACUAAAUUUUGGAAUAAUGUUAAAUCAAAAAUCAUAGAGAAAAAUAUCACCGUUAUGCACGUGGUUCCAAAAGGUCCCCCUGAAGGUGACAUUGAGGGUAUUGAAUGGCUCAAGUCUUUUUCAGUCCUUGAACAACAUAUAGUUCAUUCACUAAAUCACGUGCAACUUUGCUGUUACGGAUUAUUAAAAGUCCUAAUCCAUUUUGAAGUUGAAACAUGCAGAGAAACUCGCGACACACUAUGCUCAUACCAUGCGAAGACCGUUCUGUUUCAUGUGUUAGAAGAUAUCCACUCCGACUUCUGGAUUCCUAGCAAUAUUUUCUAUUGCUUAUGGAUUUGUUUAACACGACUUCUAUUAUUUGUCAAGAGGGGAGUUUGCCCUAACUAUUUUAUUCCAGAAUGCAAUCUUUUUCUGAAGAAAAGAAUUUCAGAAAAAAAGCGCAAAAUUGAGGAAACACUACUGCAAGUCCUACAAUCUGAACCGUAUACCGUGUUGUUUAAUAUGAAAUCUUUGUAUGCGACAUAUUCUUUAAAAUUAUUGCAAAAUAUACCGACAUACUUGAGAAAACAUCUUACACUGCGCUUAGCCUUAAUAUUCGUGAACGGAUAUCAUUUAACAUAUUUUGAAUGUACGUGGUCCAUUUUGAAAGCAAUUCAUCUUUUACAGAAUGAGAGGAACGAAAUAAAACGCACGACGCUAAAGUACCUUUUUAUGCUUUUAAUGAGAAGAGCAGGGGUUAUUCUGUAUGAGAAAUACAUACUUUAUGGGAAAACUAAGUAUUUACUAACUGCAGAAGCUGCAUUCAUCGUGGCACGCCAUUCUGAUGCAUCGGGGGGACUUUAUUUAGCUACAUUGUGGUACUGUUGUGGAAAAUUUAAACGCUCAAUGAAGCUUGUAUCUAGCAUUCUCAAGAAAUUAGCGGACAGUGAUUCUCCACACAUUUCAUAUGACAUUCCUCCAGGAUAUGAUCUCAGUAAACCAUGGUGCAGCUUUAGAGAUCUGAUGAGAAGCAAUUCUUUCUUAAUGAUGGAGUUAUACAAAGAUAGUAGUUUCCUGCCAAAGGCACUAGAAAAAGUUGUACGUAAAGACUCACGGACACUUGAAGAAUUUAUAAUGUACGAUAAAUCAUACGCUUUCUUCUUAAUGUUCCUUUGCCAACUUGAGUUAAAUGGGAAAGAGAAAUGUUUACAAAUGCGUAAGGAACUGAAUAAAUCUUACGAGGAUUCCAAUUUCAGUUAUCUUCGACCUCAAGUGCAACAGAAUUCGAAAAUCUUAGCAGAAGUUGUUGACAGCAAGAUGACGGAAUUAACUUCCACAUUUUAACGAGUGUUAAAAUAUGUUGAUGGAUUAUCCUGUGCAAACAACAUUACGUGGAAAUCGACGAUCAAGAAUUUUAACGAUUUUUUUAAACGAAGUAAUCCUUUUAUCCCACCCUUAAAAUGUCCCAAGGCUUAUGUUUACAUGGGAACAUGACGUCAAUUUUCUUGAAAAACGUGUCAUUCAAUAAAUAUUGAAUUGUUUUCUA